CUCUCUACAAUGCCUUUGACUUUCUGCAAUUUUUCACCUCUCUCUCAUCAACACGCUUCUUACAUUCCCAUUCUUUCUUAUACACCAAAAAUAAUCCGAUCCUCAUUUUUUUGUACAUUAUUAUUUCAUAACAAACCACCAUCCAUUUCCUCUGUUACUUGAAGCCUUAAUCCAUUGCUAUCAGCAACUACAGCUCCAAACUUAGAAAGUUGGUUAAUUAGUUAGUUUGUUUGUUAGAAAUUCUGACACAUGAUUAUAUUCUCUGAAUAAUAUUGUUGUUAUUAUUAUUAAUUUAUUACAAUGGGUUCUAGGCCUCUUUUGAUACCAUCUCCAAGAACUCCAAAUAGUAUUCAAGAGCUUCCAACUAUUCCAGUUUUUUCUGAACAACAAAAGUCAAAGUCAACUUCCUCUGAACAAGCAAGCAAUGCUGUUAUAAACAAAAGCAACUCAUCGUCGAUCCGCUCCGGCAGCUCCGGAAGGAGCGGCGGCGGCUCCGUCAAGGAAGUGAGCUUCAGCAAUUCUUCAUCCAAGCCGGUUCGAUACGGCUCGUCAAAACGCGGCGGUGGCGGCGAGUCGGAGGGAUUCAGCAUGUCGCAGAAAGAACUGAGAGACGAAGAUGCAAGAAUUGUUUACAUAAACAACCCGGAGAAGACGAACGAGAUUCUUCAGUUCGCAGGGAAUUCAAUCCGAACCGCGAAAUAUUCAAUCCUCACAUUCAUCCCUAGAAACCUCUUCGAACAGUUUCACAGAGUUGCGUAUAUUUAUUUUCUCAUAAUCGCCAUUCUCAAUCAGCUUCCUCAGCUUGCAGUCUUCGGUAGAGGUGUUUCGAUUCUCCCUCUGGCCUUUGUCCUGCUCGUUACCGCCGUCAAAGACGCCUUCGAGGAUUGGCGGCGCCACCGCUCCGAUAAAGUCGAGAACAACCGGCUAGCGUCGGUUUUGAUUAACGGAAGCUUCGUGGAGAAGCCAUGGAAGGACAUAACCGUCGGCGAAAUCGUUAAGAUCGCCGCCAACGAAACGAUCCCCUGCGAUAUUGUCCUUCUCUCCACCGCCGAUCCUACCGGAGUUGCAUAUGUUCAGACUAUAAAUCUUGACGGAGAGUCAAAUCUGAAAACUCGCUACGCCAAGCAAGAGACUCAAUCCAAACAGAGGUUUGAUUUCGGUGGAAUAAUCAAGUGCGAGAAACCGAAUCGGAACAUUUAUGGAUUCCAAGCUAACAUGGAAGUUGAUGGAAAGAAACUGUCUCUUGCAUCAUCGAACAUUGUGCUUAGAGGAUGCGAGCUUAAGAACACAAGCUGGGCUUUGGGAGUUGCUGUUUACUGUGGCAGUGAGACUAAAGCUAUGCUCAACAGCUCCGGUGCGCCGUCGAAGAGAAGCCGGCUCGAGACUCGAAUGAAUUCGGAGAUCAUCAUGCUCUCUUGCUUCCUUGUUGCUUUGUGUACGGUCACGUCCGUUUGUGCUGCGGUUUGGUUGAAGCGCCACAAAGACGAGCUUGAUUUGAUGCCGUAUUACCGGAAGCUGAGCUUCUCCAGUGGGAAACCGAAGAAGUAUAAGUAUUAUGGUUGGUUUUGGGAGAUAAUUUUCACAUUCCUCAUGUCAGUUAUAGUUUUCCAGGUUAUGAUCCCAAUUUCAUUGUACAUUUCGAUGGAGCUUGUUCGUGUUGGCCAGGCCUAUUUCAUGAUCAGAGAUGAUAGAAUGUAUGAUAGGGCUACCAAGUCAAGGUUUCAGUGUAGGGCUUUGAAUAUCAAUGAAGAUUUGGGGCAGAUUAAGUAUGUCUUUUCGGAUAAAACUGGUACUCUUACUGAGAACAAGAUGGAAUUCCAGUGCGCCAGCAUCUGGGGAGUUGAUUACAGUUCGACGAAAUCUGGCCUCGAGAUUCAACCUGGUGAAUACUUCACGCAAGUAGAUGGAAAGGUGUUGAGGCCAAAGAUGAAUGUGAAAGUAAAUCCAGAGCUUUUGGCAUUAUCAAGAAGUGGAAUUGAGCAUAAGGAGGGAAAACGGAUCUAUGAUUUCUUUCUAGCACUGGCAAGCUGCAAUACCAUUGUUCCUAUUAUUGUUGAUACCCCUGAUCAUGAUGUCAAGCUGAUAGAUUACCAAGGGGAAUCACCAGAUGAACAAGCAUUGGCAUACGCAGCCGCUGCCUAUGGUUUUAUGCUUAUAGAACGAACCUCGGGCCAUAUAGUCAUUGAUAUUCAAGGAGAAAGACACAGGUUAGUUAGUUAGUUAAAUAACUUCAAAACUGAUCAAAGCUGAUUAGAAGUUAGUGAAUCACUUGUUACUUCCAAUGCAUCAGUUUUAUUGGGCAGCCCUGACAAUUCAGUGAAAAUUUUCGUGAAAGGAGCGGAUACAUCUAUGCUAAAUGUGAUAGAUAAAUCAUCUAACAUGGACAUUAUAAGAGCAACUGAAGCUCAUCUUCACUCUUAUUCCUCAAUGGGUUUAAGAACCCUUGUGAUUGGAAUGAGGGAUUUAAAUGCUUCAGAGUUUGAGCAAUGGCACACUGCCUUUGAGGCAGCGAGCACCUCUUUGUUUGGCAGGGCCGCCAUGCUUCGCAAGGUUGCUGUCAAUGUAGAGAGAAACCUCUGCAUCUUAGGUGCAUCGGCUAUCGAAGACAAGCUUCAGCAGGGUGUGCCGGAAUCCAUUGAGUCUCUAAGGACAGCUGGAAUAAAAGUAUGGGUGCUAACCGGAGACAAACAAGAAACUGCUAUAUCAAUUGGAUACUCAUCAAAGCUUCUAACAAACAGAAUGACUCAAAUCAUAAUCAAUAGCAAAAAUAGAGAGUCGUGUAGAAAGAGUUUGCAAGAUGCCAUUGUUUCAAACAAGAUUGAAGGAGGUUUUGAUGCAAUGACAAGUCAGAUAGCAUUGAUCAUUGAUGGUACUAGCCUCGUAUAUGUUCUUGAUAGUGAACUAGAGGAGCAGUUAUUUAAACUUGCAAGUAGAUGUUCUGUUGUUCUCUGUUGUCGAGUGGCGCCGCUGCAGAAGGCCGGCAUAGUUGCCCUUGUUAAGAAGAGGACAGCCGAAAUGACGCUUGCCAUUGGAGACGGUGCUAAUGAUGUCUCCAUGAUUCAAAUGGCUGAUGUUGGAGUUGGCAUCAGCGGCCAAGAGGGCCGGCAAGCCGUAAUGGCGUCCGAUUUCGCCAUGGGCCAGUUUAGGUUUAUAGUUCCUCUCUUGUUGAUUCAUGGACACUGGAAUUACCAGCGGCUUGGCUACAUGAUACUCUACAACUUUUAUAGAAAUGCUGUCCUUGUUCUUGUCCUAUUUUGGUAUGUGCUCUACACUGCCUUCACUUUAACAACUGCCAUAAAUGAAUGGAGCACCACGUUAUAUUCAAUAAUAUACAGCUCAUUGCCAACAAUCAUAGUUGGUAUUCUUGACAAGGAUCUUGGAAAAAGGACUCUCCUCAAGUAUCCUCAGCUCUAUGGGGCUGGGCAGAGAGACGAGGCAUACAACAAGAAGCUAUUUAUUUUGACAAUGCUCGACACUUUAUGGCAAAGCAUGGUAAUCUUUUGGGCACCCCUCUUUGCAUAUUGGAGCACUGAUGUUGAUGUUGGAAGCAUUGGGGAUCUCUGGACACUAGCGGUGGUUAUUUUGGUAAAUUUACACUUGGCCAUGGAUGUCUUCAGGUGGAAUUGGUUGACUCAUUUUUCCAUAUGGGGGUCAAUUGUUGCCACUUUCAUUAGUGUCAUGGUCAUUGAUGCUAUACCCACGUUUCCUGGCUACUGGGACUUCUUUAAUGUUGCAAGCACAGGAUUGUUCUGGUUAUUGUUGCUUGGAAUCAUCAUAACAGCAUUGCUUCCUCGUUUCCUUGUAAAAUUCAUUUGUCAAUAUUACUUUCCCAGUGACAUUCAGAUUUCAAAAGAAGCUGAGAAGAUUAAUGGGAAUCAAAUUCAAAGAGAAAAUUUUGAAAGAGGACAAAUAGAAAUGCUUCCUAUCUCAGAUGUCCCACCAAGAUGAUGAGAAGUCAUCUUUUGUACAAUUUUCCAUUUAUUUUUGUAAAUCUUGCAUAUUCUUUAGGCUACCUCAGGUUAUUUAAUUUGUUGGUUCAUAGAUUUCAUCCAUUACUAUCCGAAGGAUAGAGUUUUGUUAUCACUUCAUAGGGUUGUACCGUGUUGAUAUUGAAAUGUACCAUAAUUGAGUAUAGGGAGAAAGUUUUUUAUUUUUUAAUAAAAGAAAAAUUUGUUAUUUUUGCAAAAGAGUAAAACUUUUAAUAUUUUUGUUCCUAA